AUGUUUAAUGAUUUUUUUUAUAAGAUUGCAGGGAGGAUUGCGGAGGUUUCUAAGUUUUCGCUUGAAGAGAUAACCAAGUGUAUGGAGAAGUCCAUUCACAGCAAGAAGCAGGAUGUGACGCUGUUUGUGAUCAAGAUUUCGAAUACACCCGAUGCAGAUGCCAAGGAGCUUUUUGAUGCAAUUGUAAAUACAAAGAUCGAGCUUAUUGAAAAUGUAAGCCUGAAAGGACCAUCAAUCAGUUUUGAUGUGAACAAGAAAGUGAUAAUGAAAGAUGUGUUAUGUGAAAUUCAAAGCAAGCAAUAUAAGUUUGGAAGUAAUGAAAUAGGUAAAGGAAAGAGGAUGGUAGUGGAAUACAGCAGUCCGAAUAUAGCGAAGAUAUUCCAUGUUGGGCAUCUCCGAACGACCAUCCUGGGACAAUUUAUUGUGAAUCUGCUGAAGGAGUGCGGUUAUGAAACAACAAGCAUAAAUUUUUUUGGAGAUUGGGGAAAGCAGUUUGGACUUGUUCUGCUUGGAUACAUCAAGUAUGGGAGUGAAGAGGGGCUUGAAAGAGAUCCGUUGAAGCAUCUGUUUGAUGUGUAUGUGAAGAUUAGCAGAGAUGUAAAGGAGGAUGCAGGUGUGGAUGCAGAAGCGAGAGAAAUAUUCAGAAAGAUGGAGGAGUAUGGUGAUGAGUGGUGCAUUGCACUGUGGAGGAAGUUCCGUAUGCUGAGUGUUGAAAAGUACAAGCAACUGUAUAAGAGGCUGAAUGUCGAAUUUGAUGUGUAUUCUGGAGAAAGCAUGUACAAUGAGAAAGGAAAGCAGAUUGUGGAGACAUGUGGCCUGGUGAAGACGGAUCCUGAUGGGUCGAAGGUAUUUGACUUUGGAGAUAAUGGAAAGGUGCUUGCAAUGAAAAAUGAUGGAACUACGCUAUACAUAACACGUGAUAUUGCAGCGGCGAAAGAAAGACUUGAGGAGUACAUGCCUGAGAAGAUCAUAUAUGUUGUAUCAAGUGAGCAGAAUAAACACUUUGAAGAUCUAUUUAAGACAUUGAAGCUGCUUGGGAUUGAUGAAAGCAAGUUUCAACAUGUAAACUACGGGCUUGUGGCUGGCAUGUCGACAAGAGAAGGAAAAGUUGAGUUUCUUGAAGAUAUACUUGAUGAAGCAACAAACGUAAUGAAGAAAGUGAUGCAGAGUGAUGAGAGCAGGAGCUCGUUUACACCUGAAGAGGUUGAUUCAACGGCACAGGUCCUUGCGCUCUCCACGCUGCUUGUGAUGGACUUUACUGCGAAGAGGAUCAAGGGAUAUGAAUUUGACAUUGAGAAGAGGGCAAGGAACACGUCUGGAACAGGCCCGUAUUUACAAUAUGCACAUUGCAGGCUCAGAAGCAUUGAAAUGCGCAACAGUGAAAUUGACUACAGCAACAUAGACACAAUUGACUUUUCGUUGAUAUGUGUACCUGGAGUGCUUGAGCUUGUCUAUAAGCUAUUGUGGUAUGAGCAUAUUGUUGAGAAAUGCCUGGAUGAUUACGAGCCAUCAAGGAUUGUUACGUAUCUUCAGGAUCUUGCAGGAUGCAUUAACUCCACUGUUAACAAUCUACGAGUAAUGGGCGUGGACAAGGAGCUUGCAAAGGCCAGACUCCUUGUGCUCUCAUCAGCAAGGAUUGUUCUACACAAUGGACUAUCAAUCCUGGGAGCAACGCCUCUCAGUAAGAUGUGA